AUGGGUACAGAGAGCGACAUGAACAAGGAUACAGGCAGUGACAUAAACAAGGAUACAGACAGCGACAUAAACAAGGAUACAGGCAGCGACAUAAACAAGGAUACAGACAGCGACAUGAACAAGGAUACAGAUAGCGAUACGAACAAGGAUACAGACAGAGACAUGAACAAGGAUACAGACAGCGACAUAAACAAGGAUACAGGCAGCGACAUGAAUAAGGAUACCGACAGCAACAUGAACAUUGAUACAGACAACAACAUGAACAUGAACACAGACAGCUACAUGAACAAGGAUACAUAUAGCGAUACGAACAAGGAUACAGACAGAGACAUAAACAAGUAUACGGAAAGCGACAUGAACAUGGAUACAGACAGCGACAUGAACAAGGAUACAGAUAGCGACAUGAACAAGGAUACACACAGCGACAUGAACAUGGAUACAGAGAGCGACAUAAACAAGGAUACGGACAGAAACAUGAAAAACGAUACAGACCACGACAUGAACAAGGAUACAGACAGCGACAUAAACAUGGAUACAGACAGCAACAUGAACAAGGAUACAGACAGCGACAUGAACAAGGAUACAGACAACAGCGACAUAAACAAGGAUACAGACAGCGACAUAAACAAGGAUACAGACAGCGACAUAAACAAGGAUACAGACAGCGACAUGAACAAGGAUACAGACAGCGACAUGAACAAGGAUACAGACAGCGAUACGAACAUAGAUACAGACAGCGACAUGAACAAUGACACAGACAACGACAUGAACAAGGAUACGGACAACGAUACGAACAAGGAUACAGACAGAGACAUGAACAAGGAUACAGACAGCGACAUGAACAUGGAUACAGAGAGCGACAUAACCAUGGAUACAGAGAGCGACAUAAACAAAGAUACGGACAGAAACAUGAACAAAGAUACAGACAGCGACAUGAACAAGGAUACAGAGAGCGACAUGAACAAGGAUACAGAUAGCGACAUGAUCAAGGAUAAAGACCACGACAUGAACAAGGAUACAGACAGCGACAUGAACAAGGAUACAGACAGCGAUACGAACAUAGAUACAGACAGCGACAUGAACAAUGACACAGACAGCGACAUGAACAAGGAUACGGACAACGAUACGAACAAGGAUACAGACAGAGACAUGAACAUGGAUACAGACAGCGACAUGAACAAGGAUACAGACAGCGACAUGAACAUGGAUACAGAGAGCGACAUAACCAUGGAUACAGAGAGCGACAUAAACAAAGAUACAGACAGCGACAUAAACAAGGAUACAGACAGCGACAUGAACAAGGAUACAGACAGCGACAUGAACAAGGAUACAGACAGCGAUACGAACAUAGAUACAGACAGCGACAUGAACAAUGACACAGACAACGACAUGAACAAGGAUACGGACAACGAUACGAACAAGGAUACAGACAGAGACAUGAACAAGGAUACAGACAGCGACAUGAACAUGGAUACAGAGAGCGACAUAACCAUGGAUACAGAGAGCGACAUAAACAAGGAUACGGACAGAAACAUGAACAUGGAUACAGACAGCGACAUGAACAAGGAUACAGACAGCGACAUGAACAUGGAUACAGAGAGCGACAUAACCAUGGAUACAGAGAGCGACAUAAACAAAGAUACGGACAGAAACAUGAACAAAGAUACAGACAGCGACAUGAACAAGGAUACAGACAGCGACAUGAACAAGGAUACAGAUAGCGACAUGAUCAAGGAUACAGACCACGACAUGAACAUGGAUACAGACAGCAACAUGAACAAGGAUACAGACAGCGACAUGAACAAGGAUACAGACAGCGACAUGAACAAGGAUACAGACAGCGAGAUGAACAUGGAUACAGAGAGCGACAUAAACAAUGAUACAGACAGCGACAUGAACAUGGAUAUAGACCACGACAUGAACAAGGAUACAGACAGCGACAUGAACAAGGAUACAGACAGCGACAUGAACAUGGAUACAGACAGCGACAUGAACAAGGCUACGGACAGAAACAUGAACAUGAAUACAGACAGCGACAUGAAUAAGAUACUAGUACUCUAG